AUGUUCAGUCCUGUUCUUGACGACGGAUGUCUGGUAGUCGUUACCGGUGUAAAUGGAUAUGUGGGAUCCUACGUCGCCGAGAAACUUCUGGAAAAGGGAUAUAGGGUUCGCGGGACUGUGCGGAACGCAACAAGAUGCCUGUGGCUCUUGGAUUUAUUCGAAGAAAAGUACGGGAAAGGAAAGUUCGAGCUCACAGUGGUGGAGGAUAUGGCUAGAGAUGGCGCCUACGAUGAGGCAGUGAAAGGUGCCUCUGGGAUUGUGCACGUCGCAUCCAUAGUACAGCCAGGGCCAGACCCAAAUCUGACCAUUCCCCCGGUCUUAGCUGGAAUCCGGGGAAUACUCCAGUCUGCUAUCCGAGAAAAAAGCAUGAGACGUUUUGUUCUCACGUCAUCCUCUGUUGCCGUCUUGGAACCAACAUCAUUGAAACAGACUGUUACCGUCGACAUGUGGAACGACAGGGCGGUCGAGCUGGCUUGGGCUCCUCCUCCCUUUUUGGAGAGUCGGGGAAUGGAUAUAUACGCUGCAAGCAAAGUUUUGGGUGAAAAGGAGAUGUGGUCCUGGGUUGAUCGCGAAAAGCCGCAUUUUGUGGCAAACUCUGUUAUUCCGCCUGUGAUAUUUGGGAAACCUUUGAGCACGAAGCAUCAAGGCUACCCCUCCACGUCUGCGAUCCCUGUUACUAUUCUGGAAAAUGAUAAGGCAGCAAUGGCCGCUUUCAUUGAUCAGUUCCCACCCUUCUUUUUUGUUGAUGUAGAAGACGUUGCGCGGCUCCACGUUGCCGGGCUGAUUCAUCCCGAAGUGAUGAAUGAAAGGCUAUUCGCCUUCGCCGGACCGUUCAAUCGUAAUGACAUCCUAGCUAUUCUGCGGCAGUUAUUCCCGAAACGGGAACUGGCCCCUGAAGCUCCUGGGCUGGUGACCAAUGAAUCUGAAAUUAAGCCGGCCGAACGAUCUGAGAAAUUGUUGCAAGGAAUGUGGGGCACAGGAUUCAGAAGCUUGGAAAUAACUGUCAAGGCUAACGUUGAAAAUUAUCUGGGUAAAUAA